AUGAAGACACGACAGAAUAAAGACUCAAUGUCAAUGAGGAGUGGACGGAAGAAAGAGGCCCCUGGGCCCCGGGAAGAGCUGAGACCGAGGGGCCGGGCCUCCCCUGGUGGGGUCAGCACGUCCAGCAGCGAUGGCAAAGCCGAGAAGUCUAGGCAGACGGCCAAGAAAGCCCGAGUAGAGGAAGCCUCCACCCCAAAGGUCAGCAAGCAGGGCCGGAGUGAAGAGAUCUCAGAGAGCGAAAGUGAGGAGACCAACGCACCAAAAAAGACCAAAACUGAGCAGGAGCUGCCCCGGCCCCAGUCUCCCUCCGAUCUGGAUAGUCUGGAUGGGCGGAGCCUCAAUGAUGAUGGCAGCAGCGACCCCAGGGACAUCGACCAGGACAACCGGAGCACGUCUCCUAGCAUCUACAGCCCUGGAAGUGUGGAGAAUGACUCCGACUCAUCUUCUGGCCUGUCCCAGGGCCCUGCCCGCCCCUAUCACCCACCUCCACUCUUCCCUCCCUCCCCUCCACCGCCUGACAGCACCCCCCGACAGCCAGAACCUGGCUUUGAACCCCACCCUUCUGUGACACCCACUGGAUAUCAUGCUCCCAUGGAGCCCCCCACAUCUCGGAUGUUCCAGGCUCCUCCAGGGGCUCCUCCCCCUCAUCCACAGCUCUACCCUGGGGGCUCUGGUGGGGGGGUUUUGUCUGGACCCCCACUGGGUCCCAAGGGGGGUGGGGCUGCCUCUUCAGUGGGGGCCCCUAGUGGGGGUAAGCAGCACCCCCCACCCACCACCCCCAUUUCAAUAUCAAGCUCUGGGGCUGGUAGUGCUCCCCCAACAAAGCCGCCUAACACUCCAGUCGGUGGUGGAAACCUACCGUCUGCACCACCACCAGCCUCCUUCCCCCACGUGACACCGAACCUGCCUCCCCCACCUGCCCUGCGACCCCUUAACAAUGCAUCCGCCUCUCCUCCUGGCCUGGGGGCCCAGCCACUACCUGGGCAUCUCCCCUCCCCCCAUGCCAUGGGGCAGAGCAUGGGUGGACUUCCUCCUGGCCCGGAGAAGGGCCCCACUCUUGCUCCUUCACCCCAUCCUCUGCCCCCUGCGUCCUCCUCUUCAGCCCCUGCCCCCCCGAUGAGGUAUCCUUACUCAUCCUCUACUAGCAGCUCUGCAGCAGCCGCCUCUUCUAGUUCUUCUGCCUCUGCCUCCCAGUACCCCGCUUCCCAGGCACUGCCCAGUUAUCCCCACUCCUUCCCUCCCCCGACCAGUCUCUCUGUCUCCAAUCAGCCCCCCAAGUAUACGCAGCCUUCUCUCCCAUCCCAGGCUGUGUGGAGCCAGGGUCCCCCCCCACCUCCUCCCUAUGGCCGCCUCUUAGCCAACAGCAGUGCCCACCCAGGUCCCUUCCCUCCUUCAGCUGGAGGCCAGUCCACGGCCCACCCAUCAGCCCCAACACAUCACCACCACCACCAGCAACAGCAGCAGCAGCAGCAGCAACCACCACCACAUCAUGGGGGCUCUGGGCCCCCUCCCCCUGGAGCAUAUCCUCACCCCCUGGAGAGCGGUGGUUCCCACCAUGCACACCCGUAUGCCAUGUCUCCCUCCCUGGGGUCUCUGAGACCCUAUCCACCAGGGCCAGCACACCUGCCCCCACCUCACAGUCAGGUGUCCUACAGCCAAGCAGGUCCCAACGGACCCCCAGCCUCCUCUUCUUCCAAUUCCUCUUCCUCCUCUCAAGGGUCCUACCCGGGUUCACACCCCUCUCCUUCCCAGGGCCCCCCAGGGGCGCCCUACCCCUUCCCACCGGUGCCUCCGGUCACCACUUCCUCGGCCACACUUUCCACAGUCAUUGCCACAGUAGCUUCCUCGCCAGCAGGCUACAAGACAGCCUCCCCACCUGGGCCCCCGCCUUAUGGCAAGCGAGCUCCGUCCCCAGGGGCCUACAAGACAGCCACUCCACCUGGAUACAAGCCGGGGUCGCCGCCCUCCUUCCGAACGGGGACCCCACCAGGCUACCGAGGCGCCUCGCCGCCCGCAGGCCCAGGGACCUUCAAGCCGGGCUCGCCCACCGUGGGGCCCGGGCCGCUGCCGCCUGCGGGGCCCUCCAGCCUGUCAUCCCUGCCUGCACCGCCUGCGGCUCCCGCCUCUGGGCCGCCCCUGAGCGCCACGCAGAUCAAACAGGAGCCGGCCGAGGAAUAUGAGACCCCCGAGAGCCCAGUGCCCCCGGCCCGCAGCCCCUCGCCCCCUCCCAAGGUGGUAGAUGUGCCCAGCCACGCCAGUCAGUCGGCCAGGUUCAACAAACACCUGGACCGCGGCUUUAACUCGUGCGCGCGCAGCGACCUGUACUUCGUGCCGCUGGAGGGCUCCAAGCUGGCCAAGAAACGGGCCGACCUGGUAGAGAAGGUGCGGCGCGAGGCCGAGCAGCGCGCGCGCGAAGAAAAGGAGCGCGAGCGCGAGCGGGAACGCGAGAAGGAGCGCGAGCGCGAGAAGGAGCGUGAGCUGGAACGCAGCGUGAAGUUGGCUCAGGAGGGCCGUGCUCCAGUGGAGUGCCCAUCUCUCGGCCCAGUGCCCCAUCGCCCUCCAUUUGAGCCGGGCAGUGCUGUGGCUACAGUGCCCCCUUACCUGGGCCCCGACACUCCAGCCCUGCGCACCCUCAGUGAAUACGCCCGGCCCCACGUGAUGUCUCCUGGCAAUCGCAACCAUCCAUUCUACGUGCCCCUGGGGGCAGUGGACCCGGGGCUCCUGGGUUACAAUGUCCCGGCCUUGUACAGCAGUGACCCAGCAGCCCGGGAGAGAGAACGGGAAGCCCGUGAACGAGACCUGCGUGACCGCCUCAAGCCUGGCUUUGAGGUGAAGCCCAGCGAGCUGGAGCCCCUACAUGGGGUCCCUGGGCCAGGCCUGGAUCCCUUCCCCCGGCACGGAGGCCUGGCUCUGCAGCCCGGCCCCCCGGGCUUGCACCCUUUCCCCUUCCAUCCGAGCCUGGGGCCCCUGGAGAGAGAACGUCUAGCGCUGGCAGCUGGGCCCGCCCUGCGGCCUGACAUGUCCUAUGCGGAGCGUCUGGCGGCUGAGAGGCAGCACGCGGAAAGGGUGGCCGCCCUGGGCAAUGACCCGCUGGCGCGGCUGCAGAUGCUCAACGUGACCCCCCAUCACCACCAGCACUCUCACAUCCACUCUCACCUGCACCUCCACCAGCAGGAUGCCAUCCACGCAGCCUCUGCCUCGGUGCACCCUCUCAUUGACCCCCUGGCCUCAGGGUCUCACCUUACCCGGAUCCCCUACCCAGCUGGGACCCUCCCCAACCCCCUUCUUCCUCACCCUCUGCACGAGAACGAAGUUCUUCGUCACCAGCUCUUUGCUGCUCCAUACCGGGACCUGCCAGCCUCCCUCUCUGCCCCGAUGUCGGCAGCUCACCAGCUGCAGGCCAUGCACGCGCAGUCAGCUGAGUUGCAGCGCUUGGCGCUGGAGCAGCAGCAGUGGCUGCAUGCCCAUCACCCGCUGCACAGCGUGCCGCUGCCUGCCCAGGAGGACUACUACAGUCAUCUGAAGAAGGAAAGCGACAAGCCGCUGUAG